CAUUAUGCUGUCCAAAUGUUUUUCCGAGUGACUUUGUUUUUUCUUUUUGCCGCUUAUCCGUUCAAUUAAUCGACCCAAACUCUUCUUCUCUCCUCCGGCGUAACUCCACCUUCUGUUCAUCCAUUUCCAAUCACACAAAUUUCUCUAUUCAGCCACCCUUCAUUGCCACCGCUUCAUUUUUUAGUGUGGUGUGAUGGGUGAAGGUGCAGAAUACAAGAGCGAUUUGAAGAAGGAGAAGGUGUUGAAAGCUUUAUUGGAAGAUCCAAUACUCAGUGAUGUACCAAAGAAUCCAUCUUUGGAAGAUGUGGAAACACUGAUUGGACUUGAAUUGGGUAGUGCAAUGCGAAUUUCCGUUUUGAAAUUGGAUUCAACUUCGUUGGAUGUGAUUGUUAUGAAUACGGCAACGGUGAAGGUUUUGAAACUUGCUAUCAAGAAGAAAGUGAAUUACAUGGAACAAUCUAGCAUGGGUCAUCGUCACAUUUCUUGGAAGAGUGUGUGGGCUAAUUAUUGUUUGUCAUUUGAUAAUAACAAGCUCUUAAAUGAUGAUGAUGCGCUUCAAGAUUUGGGUGUGAGGAAUAAUUCUCAGGUACAUUUUGUACCAUAUGUGAUGACAAAAGAAUCUAGAAGACACUCAAAAAGGAGAAAUCAUCGGUUUUUUCAUGGUCUUAGUAAGCUUUUCUGAUCAAACAUGUUGAGAGUUUAACCUUGUCGUUUUUGAUAUCGGUGUUGGUUGAGUAUUCAGUUCUAUCUCAUUACUUGCCUUAAAAGGCUGAGCAUGCCCAACAAACAGCCGCCUCAUCGUUGAUUCUUAUUUCAGGUUGUUUGUAGUUUGCGACUGGCAUUUCCUAGCAUAGAAUUAGAUAAGCUAGUGACACUCAUUUUUGUCUGAACAUGUGCUAUAUGGAAAAUUAUAAGUUUUGUCUUAGUACUUAGAGAUAUUGUGUGAAAUCCCUAUGUUGAACUGAAACUAUCUUGUGAGAAGCCACCGACAUAUUGGAAGUGUAUAAUUGCUAUA